GUCCCCAGAGCCAUGGAGAGAGCCAGUCUGAUCCAGAAGGCCAAGCUGGCAGAGCAGGCUGAACGCUAUGAGGACAUGGCAGCCUUCAUGAAGGGCGCCGUGGAAAAGGGUGAGGAGCUCUCCUGUGAAGAGAGAAACCUGCUCUCUGUGGCCUACAAGAACGUGGUAGGCGGCCAGAGGGCUGCCUGGAGGGUCCUGUCCAGCAUUGAGCAGAAGAGCAACGAGGAAGGCUCGGAAGAGAAGGGCCCCGAGGUGCGAGAGUACCGCGAGAAGGUGGAGACCGAGCUCCGGGGUGUGUGCGACACCGUGCUGGGCCUGCUGGACUCCCACCUUAUCAAGGAGGCCGGGGAGGCGGAGAGCCGGGUUUUCUACCUGAAGAUGAAGGGCGACUACUACCGCUACCUAGCCGAGGUGGCCACUGGUGACGACAAGAAGCGCAUCAUCGACUCUGCCCGGUCAGCCUACCAGGAGGCCAUGGACAUCAGCAAGAAGGAGAUGCCGCCCACCAACCCCAUCCGUCUGGGCCUGGCCCUGAACUUUUCCGUCUUCCACUACGAGAUUGCCAACAGCCCCGAGGAAGCCAUCACGCUGGCCAAGACCACUUUUGACGAGGCCAUGGCUGACCUGCACACCCUCAGCGAGGACUCCUACAAAGACAGCACCCUCAUCAUGCAGCUGCUGCGAGACAACUUGACCCUCUGGACAGCCGACAACGCCGGGGAAGAGGGUGGGGAGGCUCCUGAGGAGCCCCAGAGCUGAGCCUGCCAGUCGCCCACCUGCAGCCCUGCCCUCCAGUCCCCAGCCCUCCAAGAGGACUAGUAUGGGGCGGGAGGCCCUGUCUUCCCAGACCCUUCCCAAUGCUCUGCUCCA